AUGUCAGUGCCAAAAGCGGUAACCCCGAGCUACACUCGGGCUUACCAUGCGGCGCUGCAUAGGGAGUCCCUGCAGAGCUUACCUUGGCUCUCGUGAUGUGUCCCCUGCAGCGUCCCCGGCCAUCUCCUCCGGCCGAUGCCGGCAUCCGGCUUCUGUGUACCGGUCCCUGUGACGCCAGGACGUACGGGUGGCGGCAGCGGGAAAUUUGAACAUUUUUAAAAAUUUCAUUUUUUUACAAAACAAAUUUUUCAUAUGCUUUGUCCUGUGCCCUGCCUGCAUUUUGUCUGUUCUUUCUG